GAGCACCGCUACGUAUGUGGCCCGACGCGCGAGUUGACGACUGCUGACCACCUGGUCCGUGCCGUUCACCGAGGACGCAUGCCCGACGACAUUCCUACCGUGUUCCAGUACGGCUUGAUCUGCGCAGGGACAGAGCCGGUGGCGAACCUCUUCGAGAUAUACGUCAGCGUCAUCCGCGACCUCGCGGUCCCGGCCAGGAAGAUACACCAGUGGCGCGUGUCUGGCCGGCUGCAUGGAGAGCUCGUGAAACAGCUCGAGCAGCAUCCGGGGGAACGCCAACAGUAUCUCCGUGCAUGGCUCGAGAAGGCGCCUUGGACCCUCGAAGGCUUAGACGGACCCAUUGUCGCAUCGCGGGAGCUGACCCAAGAAGUGCUCCAACCCGCCAUUCGCUAUGCGGGCCUUCCCGAAUGGUACACCGCCGACCACAUCAAGAAUGCUGGGAUGGCAGGCGUUUGGCAUUGUUGUUUCGACCUGCGCGUCACGGUGCAUUCUCCGGUUCUCCACAUCCCCAAGACGCAGUUCCCUUGGAUAUUUUUUGGCUUCUGCACUUGCUUCGACGAGGACGCGGAAAGACGGCUGCGUGACCUCUACGUCGAGCUUAUGUAUCGCUGCACCUUCGACGAGUUAUACACCGCCACCAAGACCGCAUCCUUGAUCUCCUUGUUCGACACUCAUGGCCUAGGAGCGGGGAUGCGGUCGUUCCCGAACCUGGAGGACAUGCUCCGUGGAUCCCCCUGGCGCUUCCGCAUCGUCUAUCUCCUCAAACAGUACGUGCUCUGCGAGAAUGCAACCUUGCACGACUUCCUGGCCAAGACCUUCGGCUUUGCGUACUGUCGCGGCGGAGACGAGAGCGCCGACCUCAAGGCCUUGUAUAGGCGGCUGUUCAUCGAGAAGCGUAUCGACCCACUUGUCUUGCAUCGGGCAGCUGCCAAAGGAAGGCUGUAUGAAAUGGCCGACGCAUCCUGCGGCUUCGCAGGUGCCGAGAAAGCAAUCUUCCGUAGGCUGUUGAACGAGGGGUGUCCGAGCUCUGUCCCAGAGGGCAAGUUAUACGGUUCCUACGACGAAAACAAGGACCCGGCCGCAUGAGACGAAUCCAGAUCGCUGCAGCGACUUCAGCCCUUUCUUGUCGCCUCACUUCGAGGAUUGUCCCGUCAGCACCGUCGAACUGGUGUCGUCGGUCGUCGACUUGUGCGCAAUGGUCUCAUCGUUGUCGCGGGCAACCCCCUUGGGUGGUACUUCUUGUGUUGAGACCGUACAUCGUCACUUGAGACCGAUCACUUACGUGGUCCAAACGUAAACCCGUGUUGGUUGUCAAUAUCAGUGACUGAAGUUUGCCUUCGUCUCUCGGAAUGCCAUCAGCAAAGGUGCGAGAGGUGAGUGUGGCUGGGAUGAGUUCAGGAGCGACGUAACGACGGAGG